AUGAACUUUCUAACUGGACACAACUACGUAGCUUACACAGCGUACCAACUACCGACAUUUACAGAAGCUCAUCGUGAGUCCAUAGCUGCCAAUGUCGCCAAAUACAUCUAUCUUAAGUACACGUCCACUACCACCGAUUUGAUUCCUCGAUAUCUGUCUGUGGACGACGUUGUGGUGUCGGUGAACUCUGCUAUCAUCUCCGAAAACGAUUUGGAGAUCUCUUAUUUGACCAUUGAUCAUUCUAUGACCCAAAUAGCUGCAUUUAUUCGCGUGCAUAAUAAGGUAACAUUACUUGUGGAUCUGCCACUGCCACUUUUUCUAAUUCAGAUGCUUGAGGCGCUCGACUUUGAUACUCCGCUCAUCCUACAGGCUCGUCCAAUCAUCAGUGACACAAUUUGCUUAGUGGGCAACAGUUUAGAGCCAAUAGUGCGUGGAGAAGCCACCCUUUUGGGUGAAAUCAAUAUGACAUUCAUUCCAAACGAAAAGCUCACCAAUGAUUCCCUCCGAGAGAUAAUUGUGAAUGUUCCUAGAAAAGAUUCGAGACGAAUAGUUGAAAAAAGUACCAAGCCUCCAAUGGAUGCGGUUCUAGAAUGGUUAGAAAAAACAACCACAUUGAAGCUUUGGAACAUGAAGGCUACAAGUUUGGAUUGUGAUUUGGUGAAGAUCACAUCGAACCACAAGAUUGCAUUCAAGGAUACAACUUUCACUAACACAACGAUGCUGGCCCUAUUGGUGCAUGUAUGUGGCGCUUUAUAG